AGAUGAAUCAAUCUAUCUGCCCUCUUGAUAUAAACCCCAAACCUCACAAACCCUAAUUUCUCUGAGCAUAUAACUUUAGGCCGCGGUUUUUUCUGUUUCCUUCUCUCGCUCGCUCAUCUCGCCGCUUUGAUCUCUUCGUUAGAUCGAAGAUGAAGUUCAAUAUCGCCAAUCCCACCACUGGGUGCCAGAAAAAGCUCGAGAUUGACGACGACCAGAAGCUCCGUGCAUUUUAUGAUAAGCGUAUUUCACAAGAAGUCAGUGGUGAUGCUCUUGGCGAGGAGUUCAAGGGAUAUGUUUUCAAAAUCAUGGGAGGUUGUGACAAGCAGGGUUUUCCCAUGAAGCAGGGAGUGCUGACUCCUGGUCGCGUCCGCCUAUUGCUGCACAGAGGAACACCUUGCUUCCGUGGUUAUGGAAGGCGCAACGGAGAGCGAAGAAGGAAGUCUGUGCGUGGGUGCAUUGUUAGCCCUGAUCUCUCUGUCCUCAAUCUCGUUAUUGUUAAGAAAGGUGAGAAUGACCUUCCUGGGUUGACUGAUGUUGAGAAGCCAAGGAUGAGAGGACCUAAGAGGGCCUCCAAAAUCCGUAAGCUGUUCAACCUUUCUAAGGAAGAUGAUGUACGCAAGUAUGUCAACACUUACCGUAGGACCUUCACUAACAAGAAAGGAAAGACCUGCAGUAAGGCACCAAAAAUCCAGAGGCUUGUGACUCCCUUGACCUUGCAAAGGAAGCGAGCCAGAAUUGCAGAGAAGAAGAAGAGAGUUGCCAAGGCCAAAUCUGAAGCUGCAGAGUACCAGAAGCUCCUUGCCUCGAGGCUCAAGGAGCAGAGGGACCGACGCAGUGAGAGCUUGGCAAAGAAGAGGUCCAGGCUCUCUGCUGCAGCUGCCAAGACUGCUUCAGUAUCUGCUUGAACUCAGGAUUAUAGUUUAUAACUAGGUGGCUUUUUGUCUUCUGUCUGAAGUAGUAAUUUUGAAUCAUUAGUUUUUUGUCUGGACCAUGAUUUCCCUUUGAGGAUGUGGAGUUGCGUCUGUUGUUUGUCAUUUGAUUUUCUGAGGCACCGAGUUAAAACAUGAAACAUCCUUAUAUCGUAUUAGUUUGUUCUUCAACAGAUCUUGCAUGCAUAUAUAUAUGCACGUGUUCCUCUC